UCCGCCGCGCAUGCGCGCAUCGGCUCGUAGGAAGGCCGGGAGCUCGAGGCGGACAAUGGCGGACCUGGGUGAGGCGGACGAAGCGGAGUUGCAGCGCCUUGUGGCGGCCGAACAGCAGAAGGCACAGUUCACGGCACAGGUGCAUCACUUCAUGGAGCUCUGCUGGGACAAAUGUGUGGACAAACCAGGGAAUCGCCUAGACUCUCGCACUGAAAAUUGUCUCUCUAGCUGUGUGGACCGCUUCAUUGACACUACUCUUGCUAUCACCAGUCGGUUUGCCCAGAUUGUCCAGAAAGGAGGGCAGUAGGCCGUCCCUUGGAAGCAUGACAGAAGCAAAGGACUUGUUGUUAAACAGAUCGAAGGGCCACUGGGGGAAGGCUGUCAGCCCACUGUCAGGUGAACUUGAGGCUGUUGCCAAGCCUGUUGGUGCUAAAAAGUAACAGAUCAAAUGUUCAAAAAGUGAAAUUUAUUUAUUUGGAAUUCAGAAAUUCCAGAUUGUAUCACAACAGUUACUCAAUAAAUGUGAAUUCUUCAA